AUGCAACAGCACACCCCCAUGCAGACCGAAGCCGAUUUCCCGGGCCUCCCCAAGGGCCCGCCCCGCCCGCCCUCCCCGCCUUCCCGCCCGUCCUCCCCCCCGAGAGACAUCAUGGAACGCAUCAGGCUGAACGCCGCGGUGACCCGCGAGGAACAGGAAGCCAGGAAACGCCAGCGGCGCGGCUCCGACCCUGACUCCCGCGCCCCAGCGGGAAAGGGGAAGAAGGCAAGGCCUGAACCCCAAUCCCUCGCGAAGGCGGCCGACCAGCACCCGAGCGGCCCCCAGAGCACCCUGCCGUCUACGAGUGCCCAUACCCUCGCAGACGCCGCCCCUCAGCAGCCCGCGGAGGCUCCCUCUGCACUACCCCAGCAAAGUGCUGCACUCGCCUUCGGGGACACCUCGCAUCCAUCCCAGAACGCACCGAACCCCUUGAACGCUCAUAAUCCACCCGCCCCUCCACGGGCACACCCUAUCCCGUAUACACACGAGACCCCGCCGCUGCCACCCGCUGCGCCCCCCUUCGUCCUGCACCCGCGUAUUGAGCUUACGCCGCCCCCCACCGGUGGCUUCCGCAUCCCGGCGGGAUGGUACUCGGACAACGUCCUGUGGGGUCGACCCAUGGAUGAGCAAUUUGCUGCUCGUGAGGACCCGAAUGGCGACACCUUCCUCGCCUACGAGCUCCCCAUAAGAUACUCAGGGAACGCCGCGGACGCCAUACGCAUGGCUGACGUCCUUAAUCUCAUCGCCCCUCCUGGAACUCGUUCCCUCGUCACUCCCGCAGGGACCGUGGACAACAUCCAGAACUACACGGAACGGUACAAACCCGUCACUCGAGUCGUCCGAGGCAUCGACCCCAUAGUCGUCCGCGCCAUCCUCGACUUCGGUAUCUUCUCCACAGACCGCCUGACCUUCAUUGCCCUCCCCCUGCACCCUACCAUCGGACCAUGGCUAUGCCGGGUUCGUAACCUUAUCUACCGACCCGAAGACGCCACCCACGUCGUCAGCCUCAUCCAGAACAAGCUUGUCGGCGACAACACCUUUGUCGACUUCAUUAAGAUGAACCACGACGCCAUCCCAGGACAUUCGACCAUGACGGAGCAACAGCGACUCACCCAUACCAUCCACACCAUUCGGGUCGAGGCGGAAGCCCUCACGACGCCCGACGGUAUCGAUAUCGUCGACUGGCACGUCUUCAUGGACUCCCCGACAACCAUCAUCGCCGAGUAUCGCAACCUACUCGACAUCGUCCUAAAUAUCGCCUUCAACACCCCUCUCAACGGAUGGGGCCGCGCUGAGCGAUACGACAAGACUCCGUGCUCGUACUGCCGCUCUGCGGCCCACAAGAUUGUGAUGUGUAAGCUACACCUCACGGCCGGCUGGAAGGGACGCCCCCCGUCGCGCAAUGCCCAGGAGGCUACCCCUACUCACCCAGCUACGGCCUUCGGGGACGUGCGCAUCGCAGACGACCCGAUGCCGUAUAACGGCCCGGCUUAUGGCAACCGAGGCUCGAGAGGCUCCUUCCCGUCCUGGGGAGCCCGAGGCGGGACGAGGGGCAAUUAUCGCGGAGGCAAUCGCGGACGGCCCUCCUUCUACGGAUAA